AUAUUUUGUUAAGGCGUGACACAUGUCGUGUUCCACACGUUGCUGUUACACGAACAUAGAAUUGGAGACACACCAAGUUCAGGUGGCAAAGUAUCGGAUCUGAUACCAUUCAGCGUUGCUGAAAUUACGAGAGAUUAAAAAAAUUCACGAAACCCUAGAUAACAAACAUUUUGAAAAAGAAGAAGAAGAAGAAAACGAUGGGAUUUAGAUUCAACAAUCUGAAUCCCAUUUACAGAACAUGCAUCACUAGACUUUCCUCUUCAAAAUUCCUGCUUCCAGCGCCGGAACCACUCAAUUUCAUUUCCCCCCAAAAUCCACCAUUCAAAAUACCUAGAAGGUGGCAUUUAGGUCAUUCUCAUCAUGAUCAUGAUCAUGAUCAUGACGAUCACCUCCCUCAGCAUCUCAAAGAAGGAGAGAAUAUUUUCCGUCUCGGUCUCGCCGCCGACAUUGCUUUAGCCACCGGAAAAGCAUUCACCGGCUACCUUUCCGGAAGCACCGCACUUAUCGCCGAUGCCGCUCAUUCCAUAUCCGAUGUGGUUCUCAGUGGCAUAGCUUUGUUGUCUUUUAAAGUUGCCAAGGCUCCAAGAGAUAAAGAACACCCAUAUGGACAUGGUAAAUUUGAGACUCUAGGAGCUCUUGGAAUCUCUUGUAUGCUUUUUGCCACUGGGGGUGGUAUCGCAUGGCACGCUGUUGAUAUUUUGAUGGGAUUGUCUUCAGCUGGCCCUGAAAUGGUUAGCCAAGCAAUAGCUCAUGAGCACGUGCAUAGCCACGAACAUAGCGGACAUCACCACGGGAUUGACAUGAAUCAUCCUAUACUUGCCUUGAAUAUGACUAUUGUGUCAAUAGGUGUUAAAGAAGGGCUUUAUUGGAUAACAAAACGAGCUGGUGAGAGGCAAGGCAGUGGAUUGAUGAAAGCAAAUGCAUGGCAUCAUCGUGCAGAUGCAAUUUCAUCAGUAGUUGCUCUCAUCGGAGUUGGUGGUUCUAUUCUUGGAGUGAAGUUUUUAGAUCCCCUUGCUGGGCUUCUUGUCUCGGUCAUGAUUUUAAAAGCUGGAGCUGAAACUGGUUACCAGAGUAUCUUGGAGCUGGUGGAUGCUGCAAUUCCAGCACAACAUUUGGAUCCUAUUAAACAAACAAUAUUGCAAGUUGAUGGUGUCAAGGGAUGCCAUCGAUUAAGAGGAAGGAGAGCUGGUUCAUCUCUGUAUCUUGAUGUAAAUAUUGAGGUUGAUCCCUUUUCUAGUGUUAGUUCUGCACAUGACAUUGGUGAAAAUGUCCGUCAUCAAAUUCACAAGUCCCACCCUACUGUGGCUGAAAUGUUUAUACACAUAGAUCCUGCUAUGUCACAUGUAUCUCCCAGUACAACAGAUCAGCAAGAUAGUUGGAGUGGAGACAUGAACCAGAACAGUAUUGCUCCUGCUGGAGAUAGUAAUAUUCAAGGAGUAGUUUCUGAUAUCAUCUCAGCUAACUUUCCACAGAUGUCGGUUGAGCGCAUAACACGCCACAUGUUUCAAAGCAAGAUUGUUCUUCAAAUUGAGGUUUCCAUGCCUCCUGAUAUCCCAAUUCGACAUGCAAUGGAAAUGGCAGAGAAAGCUGAAAGAGAGAUUUUGAAGGCAAUGUCAAAUAUAAUUCAUGUGGGCAUCCAGCUACGCUUGGGGCGACCAUUUCCACAGUCAUGAUUAGAACCAUCCAACAAGUCGGAAAGCAGAUAUUCUUGCAGCUCUUUUCAUCAUUUUAUAAUAGUUGAAGUUAAAUUAAUUAAUUGCAGUUUUGAUCUGCUACAAGUCAUACCUAGUAUGAUACAAUUCAAUAACCAAUUACUUCAGAGUUCUGAGGUUCAAGAGAGGCGAUAGGUCUAGGAGACCUUCUAAAAACUUGAAAUAAUUUAUUUGCGCCCAUUGGACGUGUUUUAUUUUGUAUGUUAUGACAAUCAUUUACCUUAGCAGACAGUAGAAAACACCGAUUAGUUCCUUCCAUUUUGAUCUGUAAAAUUAUUGAAUAUACGGUUAAAUAAUGAAGGUGCUGGAAUUCUUCCUAGUUUAUAA